AUGAGCAUACGAACCCUCACAUGUCGCACGCGGUUCGCGGCACGCCGACUCUCUCAACUAGCAUGUCGUGGUCUCCUAACCCUUGCUAUCGAGACCAGUUGUGAUGACACUAGCGUCGCGGUUCUGGAGACCCGGAACAGUUCAUGUGGUCCGACCAGUGCCAUCCUGCAUUAUCACAAGAAAGUCACAUCCAACAAUACACAAUACCAAGGGGUACAUCCUCUUGCCGCGCUUUGCUCCCACCAAGAGAACCUCGUGAAACUUGUAGAUGAGGCUAUCCUGCAUCUACCACCCCGAGAUGCACCUCACCGCACUCCUGAGAAGGGAGUGUCAUCCGCGGCCGAUUCCGAGUCAACCAGCUUCAGAUCGAAGCGGCUGCCGGAUUUCAUUUCCGUCACAAGGGGCCCGGGAAUGCGAUCCAACCUGUUUACAGGAAUAGAUACCGCCAAGGGCCUUGCAGCAGCAUGGCAGAUUGACCUGCUCGGGGUGCACCACAUGCAGGCACACGCUCUUACUCCUCGUCUUGUAGCGGCACUCCAGAACACGUAUCGACCUGAUGUCGUCCUGCAAGCAGCGCAACCCAGAGCUCACGGCACACGGCCGGAUUACCCCACGAUCGGCACAAAUUCAAAGAUCGAGGUCGAGCCCGACUUCCCCUUCCUAUCCGUACUAGCCUCUGGAGGACACACGCUAUUGAUUCAGUCGACAUCCCUCACCGACCAUCAUGUUCUGGGAAGCACGGGUGAUGUUGCCGUGGGAGAGUGUUUGGAUAAAGUUGCUCGUGUUGUUCUUCCAUCCGAACUGCUACAGACUGCCAAGUCUACUAUGUACGGAGCACUAUUGGAAAGGUUUGCAUUUUCCCAGAGCCAGGUAGUCGAGUCGGGCAAGGGUGCAUUGAAUCCCAAAAUAGAAGAUCAAGGCCAAGGCAAUUUCUUCCUGGAAGACAGCACUGCAGAAGAGUAUCGAGCAAUGUACGCAACACGAUACACCUACACUGUACCUAGGAAUCAGGAAGAAGCAUUGCGGCAAAACACUACCAAAUGGGGUUGGAACUUCAAUCAACCCCUUGCAAAGGCCGGCGGCGGGGUGAAGAGCAAGAGUCUGGAAAUGAGUUUCUCUGGACUGAUGACCGCCGCUGAGCGCGCAGCGUCGUACCAACGAGACAGUACGACUGGAAAGCAGACCAGGCUUGUCAGGCCACCUGGAGAUCUCACAAUGGAAGAGCGAAGAGAUAUUGCCAGGGAAGUGAUGAGAGCUGCUUUCGAACAUAUCUCGACGCGGGUGGUGCUGGGGCUGCAGCACAUUCUGGCCAGCCCCUCCCGCUCGGAAAAGGUGCCGACCGUUGUGAUGUCCGGGGGUGUUGCAGCGAACUCGUUUCUGAGAUACAUGUACGAAGCCCCCCUCAUCAGUUCAAUUUCGACUGCUGCAAAAACAUCCUGCAUGUCCUCAGCGUUCAAUUCGCACAUCGCCCCUGCUCGUUGUUGCUUCAGAACCUUACUGACUCUAGAGCAGUCUUGCCAGUACCCUUGUAGCGCAUGGCUAUCACGAAGUGAAAAUAGUCUUUCCCCCGGCAGCUCUCUGCACAGACAACGCGGCUAUGAUUGCCUGGGCUGGAAUUGA